CAAAGAUAUUCCAAGUGAGAAUUCGCACGUUUAAUCUAAUUAAAACAUGUCUGUUAAAUAUUAUACGUUGGAAGAAAUCGCUGUGAACAACGGAAAAGAUGGAAAACCUUUAUGGUUUAUCCAUAAAAACAACGUGUACGAUUGUACUGAUUAUGCGAAAGACCAUCCUGGUGGAGGUGAAUUAAUCGAGGAAUGGGGUGGAAAAAAUGCAACCAAGGCCUUUAACGAAGCUGGACAUUCUGCGGACGCAAGGGAUGAAAUGAAACAGUAUAAAAUAGGAGAGGUAGCUUUGGAACAAAGAAAAGGAGCUACGAAAAAAGAGAAAGGACCAAAGGUUGUGGACGAUAAGCCCUCAGAUAAACCAAAAUCCAGGAGUUGCAUCAAUAUUAUAACCUGUGGACUGAUAGGUUGAUUAUAUCGGUAAUAGGAAGAAGUUGAUAAAAGAAGUGAUCUAAGCAACAUUCUUACAGCUUAUAUAGAGUGUAACCUCUCUAUAACGAAACAUACACAAUAUUGAGAAAUAUAUUGAACUCAUGUGUUAUUAUUUAGGUAAUUUUUAAUUGUGAACGUCUUUCAGUCUUUGUGAACGUGCUUUUAAUUUAUUGUACAACUUUUAUAACUAUCUUUACAAUAGUGUCUUUAAUUACUGUGUAACAACUAAUUGUGUUAUUUAUUAUCUUUACUAAGUCACACUGAAUGUUUUACACCAUUUUACAUGUACCGUUACUUACCUAAAUUGCAAACAAAAACCCUACCUUUAAAAAGAAACGUUGAUUGUUAGUUUUAAUUUAAUAAAAACUUUUUUUCAUCAAA